AUGUGGCGGGUUGUAUCAACAGUCCUAGCACUGCUGACAGCAGGAGCUGUGUACUUUGUCAACCUGGUCUACAAGAAGCGUGCAGAGCUCGAUGGACUGCCACAACCGCCUAUGGAAAGCCGAUUCUGGGGUCACUUGAAGAUUGCUGGUGAUUGCAAGAAGCUCUUCCCUCCCAACUGUCACGUCCAGAACUGGGCAAACUACAUCAGGAAGAAAUAUGAUUUGGGCGACGUCUUCUACGUCGACUGGUGGCCACUGGGUCCCCGCUGGGUAUUCAUUGCCGACCCGGAACUUGCUUCCAAAUUCUUGACGACAGGUCAAUCACUGCCGAAAUCGCGACUCACGACAAAAUAUCUGACAAGGCUCCUGGGGUCCAACAACAUGGUCGGCUUGGAAGGCCAGGCCUGGAAAUCCCUCCGGUCUAUCUUCAACCCGGGCUUCUCGGCAAGCCACUUGAUCACGUUAGUCCCGUACGUGGUGGACUCCAGCCUCGUGUUCCUCGACUUGCUUCGUGACAAGGCCAAGGCCAACGAGCUUGUUGAACUCGAUCCCUUGUCGAUAGGAUUUGCCAUUGACAUUAUCGGCAAAGUGGUCAUGGACUCGGACUUUGACAGUCAGAAACGCCCACACCCCAUCGUCACGACGUUCAGGAGACAAGUUCAGCUGAUGCCGACCAGCGCCAGUAUUGGACCGCUUGACGACAUCAACCUCAUUCGUCCCAUCCGUCUUUGGUGGAAUGCAAGGAAACUCGAUUCCCUGCUGGGCGCCGAAAUCGACAGGAAGCUCGCGGCGCGGAAGACGUCGCAGGGGACCAAUGGGUCCGUUGAAAUCGAAAAGCCCAGGAAAGACCGCAAGCGCUCCAUUGUGGACCUUGCUCUCGACGCGUACGAGAAGGAGGUCGCGGCUGGUGCCAAAGGAGGUGGUAUGAGCAUGACGAGCUCCUUCCGCACCAUGGCCAUCGACAGUAUUAAGACUUUCAUCUUCGCCGGCCACGACACCACCAGCUCGACCAUCUCAUAUACCAUGUACCUCAUCCACCUCCACAAACACGUUUACACCAAAGUCGCCGCGGAGCUUGACUCGGUCUUUGGGCCGGAUGUCACCGCGUCCGAAAUGGCCGAGCUCAUCAAGUCUGACCCGCACCGCAUCAACAAACUCGAGUACCUUGGUGCCGUCCUCAAAGAAGUGCUUCGCCUCUUCCCACCUGCGUCGACGAUCCGAGAGUUGAAACGUCCCAACGAAGUCUCCGUCGUCAAGGAAACGGUGAUGAUUGAUCCGUCGACCGGCAAGGAAUGCCCCCUGGUAGGGUUUGACUUGUGGCCCGUCGCGCACAUGAUACACCGGAACGAGGCAUAUUUCCCCGAACCGUUGAAAUUUAUUCCGGAACGCUUCAUCCCCUCUCAGACACCGUUUCCGGAUUGUAAGCUACACACGCCAGCGGGAAAGGACGCGUGGCGUCCAUUCGAAAAAGGGCCCCGGAACUGCAUCGGCCAGGAACUGGCGAUGAUGGAGGCCAAAGUCGUGCUGGCCCUGGUGAUCAGAGAAGUGGACUUUAUGCCAGAAUUCUACGGCAGGAAGAUCGAGGAAGGGGAUUGGAAGCCCGUGGAGACGAAGGAUGAGUUUGCGGAUGGGAUCAGUGGGGAGGAGAGGUUGAGUGUCGAAGGACACAAGCCGUACCAGGUGCUCUUGGGGGCGGCCAGGCCCAGGAACGGAAUGAGUGGGAGGUUAAGCUUGAGAGGUAAAUAG